AGUAGGCAUGUUGACGAGUCGAGCAUGAUGAACAUGUCCCGGUCGUCGUCCCUGCCACAACAUCGAUGCGUGUGGCCGAAGGACCACCGCCUCGUCCCGUUUUUUUUGCUCGCCGUUCUUUUCUUCUGGUUCCUGCCUGGCACUCCGUCAGCAGCAGUUCCUGGCCAUGUGAGUGGACGCCGUGGAAAUUUCGCCCUGAGCAGUAGAAAUGCACCCGGCCGGUCCACCCAGUCGAGUUCUUCGACUCCGUCCGCUGACGUCUACGCUUCGACGCUCGAAGAUCAUCCUACGCCAGCGCGGCGAGGUUCAUCAAAUGAAAACCAUAUUGGAUCAACGUCAAGUGGUGCAGGAGGUAGUACUUCCUCCUUAUCCACCGGGAGGUCUCUGUUGGUCCGAAGCAAUAACCCCCAUGCGCAUAAUCCGCUGCCCGAAGGAACUUCUGGUACAACAACAAGAAGAGCAAGUCGCUUUUUAUCCACCAAGAAUAAAUCGUCAGCCGCAAGGACUAGCCAACCGGACCGCCGACUGACUUCUGCGGAGCUUCGGGUUUUGUUCGCGGUCCACUUUCUCUUUGACGAAUACGACGGAGAGCCGUCUUUUGCGAAUACGGAAUGCCUGGUUUGCAAGGUGGAAAAAGUCAGCACUAGUACCAAUGCUGGUAAUACAAGUAAAAAUGAAGCAGGAUCCGCAAAUAAAAUCUCAACUGAUGUAGUAGACGAGCGCAGCGGGGGCCACGGCGCAGCUGUCUCGACCACGACAAUAUCUGACGAAAUUUUGAAUACGUACACAGAGGACGAACUGGACAGGUACCUGAGGAACAUUUGUAGUUCUCCUUCACAGGAUAUCCAGGAGAAAACACCCAUUCACAUCCAAUUUGUCAUGCAAAACACGCAUCAAGUCCUUUGUUUGUCAUGCAAAAAAUGGAUGGGGAUGGUUUUUUUUCUGUGAAUACAAGAACAAGUCGGCCGUGGUACCAGUUCUGAUGUUCCGGCAGAAGGACCAGAAGGAGAAUUUUCCGGUGCAGCAAGUAGCCAAGAUGCUGCAGCACGUGCUGCUCCUGCACUCGAUGCAAGAACUUCUGUGGAAGACGACGAUGAAAAUAGACCACGACGAGAAAGGCCAGCUAAUACAACGCGGACCUGCUCCGAAGAACAUCCAGCGACGACCUACUCAAGCACCGCCGCCACCGCCGCACCGAUAUGCUUGCUGAGUUGCGGGCACGUGGUGUGCCGUAGUUGCGCGGAGCAGCAGCGAGCGCAAUCACCUGGGGUGCAGUGCUACAUUUGCCGACGGGCGAGAAACCCCGCAAUGUCCCACCGCCCGCGAUGGAGGCUGCAUAAUGAUCUUGCUGCACAGAGGGGUGGACAAGAAGGGAAUGAUAAUCCGCUUCGCCAAAAUGAAAACCUCGAACCGGAUAUGCAACGCAAAAGUAUCGUACUCGUAUUGAAAUCAUGCAUUACAAAUCCUGUUCUUAAGGCAAAUUAGCAUUACAAAUUUCAUUUCUCAUGCUGAGGAAAUUUGUAAUGCAUUUAUAUAUACGAGUAGGAGUACGAUACUUUUGCAUUGCAUACCGGAUUACAGCAUCAAGCUCGGGUCGUUACUUAAUCCCACGACCCUCUUCAGCAGCAGGGGAGCUGCAGAAGAACCUGAGACAACUACUGCGGGUGGUGCUGCGCCAGAAACGUCUUCUUGUGCAACAUGCAAAUGCCGCGAGGACCUCUGUCCAUGGCAGUACUGCUUGCCCGGGCCGCUGUCGGUGGAAAAGGAUCUCGACCCGGUUUUGCGACAUUUCGCGCACGAAGAAGAUGUUGGCGUGGACGUCGAUCGUAGUGCUGGUGUAGUCCCACUCCCAGGAACUACAGGAUCCACCUCGAAAAGAACUUCUACAGCAGGAGAAGAAGACGAAAAUCAAAGAACUCCAGGAUAUGGAUAUGAUAAGACUUCUACAGAAGAUGUAGACAACGAUGGAGAGCACCACCUUCACAAGCGUAGUUCGAAAAGUAGCACGCCGCGCGAAAAGAUAAAAAUCAGUGAUGCCUAUCGUCCGAUUCUUUGGCGCAGGGCUUUUCGCUACUUGAGGCGUGAGAAACGCCAGUUCAAUCGCAUCGUCGCAAGUGAUCAUUCUGCCUCACAAGAUGGAGUGGUGGGAGCGCAAGAUGAACAACCUCCGCAAUCCAUGCUUAAUUUUCGACGGGGUGAGGAUCGGAACGAAAUAAAUGUUGGUCGGCCUUCUAGAGGUAGUGCCACUUCUACUAGCAGCACUUCUUUUCCACCGAAUCGUAGUAGUUCUCGCAGACACGACUACGACCACUCCCAGGACGACGAGGAAGACGUCAGUCUCUGCGGUGCCUUGCUGCAAAAGCUUGGGCUUACUUCUUGCUCCGAAAGUUGUGGAACUACAGCUACUGCUUCAUCGUCUAGCUCGGAGACGGAUGAAGGCGAGAUGAGGAACAAGAGCGAAAGUAGAGAGGACCACGACGAGAGCCAUGAUUAUCACGACAAGCCUGCAGCAGCUUUUUACACCUGCUCGUCCAGUCGUGACUUCUUUCCUCAUUGCAGCGCCGGGACCUCGUCCGUACUGGAGUGCUUGCUUGGAGGUGGUGGUGGACCACCAGGGGAUAGUAUGCCGGAUGACGAAAACGACGACCACCGGGACGAGGUGGACGGCAGCGCGAGUCGUGGACGCGCAAACACGCAGAGAAGAAGUUCUACUUCUUCUGGUGGUAUAAUUUUCACCUCUCGAAAGAACAAGAAGCGCAAAAAGAAAGACCGGCCCUCUGCUCAUCUCCUCGACGGUGGCUCCGUGGUUUCGUUUCUGCAGUUCCGCGCUGCGGUUGACCUUUUAGACAGUGUCGGUUUUCCCACCGUGUGCAAGAUUUUGCACCGCAGCGCACUGAAUACGAACACCAGAGGUCGCCUCGUCCACUGGGAGCUGCAGCUGCCCUUCUGGUAUCCAGGAAAAAACACCCAUCCCCAUCCAUUUUUUGCAUGACAAGUAGUGGACUUUAUGCAUGUUUUGCAUGACAAAUUGGAUGGGGAUGGGUGUUUUUUCCUGGAUAUCUGGAGGAUGGCGAACUGUCCCGAUGAGCACCUGUUCUUUGGUAGAAGAAGCAGAGCGGGAGCGCCGCUCCAUGGGGUCCCUUGUAGUCACCGGACCGAGGAGGAGGACGGUUGCAACGACCAUCGUGGACGGGGUAGUAGCAAAAAUGGAAACUACAUGGAGGACGAUUACGACCUUGCGCGCAGUCACUUCGACUCUUAUGCGCGCGCGCUGGAUGACAAAGCCGCAGUGCUGGGCGGAGAGCGAGCAGAAGAAACAACGUCUCGCGACGACGGGGAACAACAACAAGACAUUUAUUCUACGACAAGAAAUAAGUGUGUAAACUUCUGGUCGUGUUGCUGUUGCUGCAGUCCGCCUACUGUUCCAGCAGAUGUAGAAGAUAACGAGGAUUCUCCCGUUCCCCCCGCGGCCCACAGAAGAUCUUCAUGGCAGCGAGGGCGGAUAUCAACGAUGAACGGGGUAGACGUAGAUGAGCGCCAUCUUUGGUCAACAGCUGACGAUGUUGGACGCAGUGCAACUAGUUGCACAGCCCUAGGCUCCUGUAUGAGGUCACUUUGCUGCGAGAGAAUACCGAGUUGUUGUUUUGACUUUAGCAACUGCGUCGAGCGGUAUGCGCCCGCGUUUCUAGCCUCGGUGGCGACCAUGGCCGCCGACGUAUCGUGGUUGUGGCUCUUUUCCCAGUGCGAACUCUGGCAGCUGUCGCACGCAGGAGUAGACCCGAUGUCCUCCUGUUUGUUUGGGGGUCUCGGCGGUGCCUGCUGCAGUGUGGCCUACUGCUGCUUUUUCCGCCCCAUGCUGUUGCUUCCAGCGGACGGCGCGGCGCGGCGGUAUCUGGAGCCGGUGGGAACGGUUACGCGGAGCGGCAACAUCCAGGCCUGCGACGUCGAGCGCGACUGCCUCGUCGAACCCUACGUGAACUGUUUCCUCUGCACCAAUAUGAAGUGCACAAAAUAUGUCGGGGUCUGGAAAGAACCUGUGAUGCUGAAUUAUGCGCAUGAUUGCGGCGGAGGCGGUUGCAUCCAUUGGCAGCUAAGCAUAGCAAUUUUUUCUUUUUGGGACGCUUCGUCUUUGCAUGACAAAGGAACCUCCUGCUCUGUUGCUGCACACGCAACACAGGCUUUCCAGGAAUGCAAGAAGCGACCCGUCGCGGCAAGUUCUACUUUUCCAGACCCAGCAGACGUAUUUGCAUUUGAUAACCGAAAUGGCGGUUGACGCGGUAGCCGAUUUUUGUGUGUAUUCCCGUGACGUAUGGAGGAAUAAAUUUCUACCAACCUGCGACGAUUAUGUCACCGCGCCCUGCCGCCGCUGCUGCAGCGCUGUCGCGGACCAGGCGGCCGCCGCAUUGACCUGCCGACGCUGCCGCAGCGCCCGGAGGAAAAAGGAGUUAGCGAAGAUCUGGCCUCCUGGUCGUGCAGCUUCGAGACUGCACAGCGGCGAUGAAACUACACGUGAAGUAGAUGUGGAGGAGGAAGUGGAAAAAUUGGAGGCGGACGUCGCAGCAACGCAAACACGAUCCCAGCAAUCGUGCUGUUUGUCCUCGCCGUCCCCUUCAUCGCAAAGAAACAGCGGCGAAGAUUGUGCUAGUUGUGCGGCUGACUCUACUAAGCGUCGUCGUCAAGAACGUCAUUUUCAAGAACUACUGCAGCUCGACUUUGCUACCGGCAGCGCGGAUGAGCCGGUGUUUGCGCUGAUGGAUAUAUUGGCCUGCUCCGAGGAAGAGGAGGCGCGGAGCCGAAAAGUGGCCGAGCAGAAGCUUCGCGGAGUCGCUAUGGCGUUCUCAAACGUUACAUUCUCAACUGUUGCAUGAAUUUGCCAUGCAAAAGUGCCUUCGACGGACGGCAGAUGAUCGAGCGGCUUCGCAUGACAAAUUUCGGAAGGGCUGAACAGCAUCUAAAUCUGCGCCAAACUUGUAAUGCAAAAGGCGCAAUCUUCCUCCUUUCACUUUUGGCUGUCUUGCAUUGCAAAUUUAUGUAACAGUUUAGUAACAUUUGAGAGCUCCAUAGUCGCCGAGCGAGGGGUGGACGCGGCCGGGGCGCUUCUCCACACUGUCUAUGCAUUGCAAAUAUCCCUGGAUGUCUGGAAGGUUGGAACUUGUGAUGCUAGCUUUGGACUCUAAAAGAAUCUGUAUUGCAUGACCAGCAAGAGGAGCCCAGUUUAUGCUACGCGGGGAGGUCAUUUGUCAUGCGGGAUAGGCAUCAAGAAGCAAGGCCCCUGAAGAUAUGGAAUGCUAGAUCAUGCAUAAUUACAGACAUCCUGAGUCAUGCAAAAUAUGUAUGACAAAGCUGGCAACCUUCCAGACCCCGACACUUUUGCAUUUGAUACUGUCUGCGAAAAACUCAUAUUGCCGCACGCCCCACAUCCCUGCCUCGAGCGGCUGGCUGGCAAUCCCGCCAGCAUGCACUUGCUGCAAAACUUGCGCCGCGCCAUCAAACACAGAGACGCGCUUCUUUGAUGCGGUAGUUUGGUGCUACGUCCGGCGCGCUCGACGUAGUUCCACCUAUGGAAAGAGGUACUUACCUUGGAAAGCGGAAGCGCACUUUUUUUUUUCGUUCUGGUGCGAAGCAACAGGGCAGAAGAACGAUUUUGUUAGUUUGCCUAUCGCUUUCCUUCAGCUCGAUUGCUGCAAGAACCUUUGCAACGGGCAAUAGAUCAAUUGCUCAUCAUCUCGAGAAUAAAGCACUUACAAGUGGUGGCGAUAGUACCUCCCGAACCAUCAUCAUACCGACAAAAUGUACGUCUACGCCAUACUUACAGCUUAGAGACUAAAGAAUACGACUCAACAACAACUGAACUAAAAAAUGCACACACGAAUCUCCUUGAUUUUUGCUGCAUAACUACCAUUAUAGUAUACUCUCAAUAAAACUGUUUGACAAUUCAACCACUGUAAAAUUCUUUCGCGUUUGUCGAAAAUGUAAAACUAAAAUCAUCAUCAAUAUGGUGGCUCGGCGCUGGGAUCAUAGCGCAUGCCUUUGGAGCAGCGGCAGAGAGUCUGAUUCUUGAAUUAGGAGCGAAUGGAAGCGUUCCUGUCUCACACAGUUUGUAAUUGCUGCUGUAGGCCGAGCUUGUCGAUCGUAUCGUUAAACAAAAUUCACAUGUGAUUAGGGUUUACGGUUGUAUUGCGAGUUUAGUCGAUGGAUGCAACAAAUACAAAUCAAAACUCAGACUUACGACGCUCAAAAAAUAAGUCGCUGCGCCAAAAGAAAUACG